GGCACUCAUUUAUUCAGAAGCUUCUUUAAUUUUUGAUAACAAAAUGAUGAAACUAGCUCUGAUUUUCGUGCUUUGUACUGGAGCUUUGGCUCAAGUUCCUUCUCUGGGCAAGUGUCCAAAUUUGGAAGUCGUAGAGAAUUUUGACGUUGAGAAAUAUAUGGGAAAAUGGUACGAAGCUGGACGAUACUUUGUUUUUACUGAAUUAGGAGGAAAAUGUACUACUGCCGAAUACUCUCUGAACGAAGAUGGAACAGUAAAUGUUUUGAACAGACAAGUCAAUUUUCUUACUGGAAAACCUAGCAGUAUUGAAGGAACUGCUGAAUUGGUCGGUGAAUCUGGCGAAGGAAAACUGUCCGUAACGUUCCCUUCACUACCAGGGGGCAUCAAAGGAUCGCUAUGGAUUCUUGACACGGACUAUUCGAGUUAUGCUGUUGUCUUCUCCUGUCAAGAUUUUGGAAUUUUCAGCACAAAACAAGCAUGGAUUUUGACCAGGAAACGCAUUCCUAGCAAAGAAGUUCUUCUGAAGGCAUACGCGAUAUUUGACGCAAAUGGUUUUGACAGAACUUACUUAAUUCGUACUAAUCAAAACAACUGCGAUUAGAGUAAUAAAAAAUGAUCUUUAAAUGACUGUUAAUUUGAGCUAAAUAGUUAAACUAAUCAAUUUGUAUCAUUUUCCUGCUUACUUCGCAACCCUUUUUGAAUUAACGAAAUUUUGGUUGGGUCA